AUGGAUAAAGGAGAUUAUGAUACGCGUGUCUAUGAGAUGAUUGCUUCAGGUCCGUAUGAGGAAUACCUGUAUAAAAACGGAAAACCAAAAGAUCCACUUAAUGCGAUGAUCGAAGGUGCAAACAUCACUCGCCAAAGAACUGCUCACCUAAUGGGGGAAGAAAAGUUAGAAAGACGAUUACUCGUAUCCAACCCAAAGGUUGCUUCGUUAUACUGCUUACCGAAAAUACACAAAAACCCGUUAGCAAUGAGACCAAUUUCAUCAAAUGUCUCCACACCGAUGGAAAAAAUGGCAGCGUGGGUGGUAAACGGAAUGAAACAUUAUCCCAUUUCCCAUGGCGCCAGCGUGAAAAACUCGGUCGACUUGGUUGAGCAACUAAAAGGUGUAGAGUUGCGAAUGGGGGAGAUACUAGUGUCGUUUGAUGUCAAAGCACUGUUUCCAAGCGUACCGGUACCAGAUGCCAUACAAAGCUUUCGUGGACAUUUAGAAAGAAGCCGAGCUUCAUCCAUUCAAAUUGAAGCCUACACAUCGAUAGUGGAGCGAUGCAUGGACCAAAAUUUCUUCACCUUCAGGGGGAAAUUUUACCGGCAAAAGCGGUACGUCGAUGAUGUUUUUGCCAUCGUAGAAGAACGUCAUUUAGAACAAACACUAGAGCUGCUAAAUACUCGACAUCCGACGAUCAAAUUCACCGUAGAACAGGAAGUGGAUAAAAAACUUCCCUUCCUAGAUUUGAUCAUAUCUAGGAAACCUGACAACUCGCUAAAAUUUGGCAUCUACCGGAAACCAACAUCCACGGACCGGUACAUCACUUCGGACUCUAACCAUUGUGGAGCCCAAAAACAAGCGGCUUUUCACUCCAUGGCCCAUCGCCUUGUUAGUGUACCGAUGGAGAAAGAUGAGUACACGAUAGAGAAGGAAAAAAUUAAAAAAGCGGCCAAGUUAAACGGAUAUGACGAAGAUUUUGUGGAAAAAAUUAUCCGCACACACGAACGGAAACAACACAAACGCGAAGUCACCACUCUGCAACCAGAAAAAGAAAAUUUAGAGAGGAUCAGCAUGCCAUUCUACGCAAAAGUUACAAACCGGAUCAAAAACGCCCUUAAAAGGCACGGCUACCACGUAACUCACAAAAGUGAAAACAGACUACGUGAUCUUUUGUGUAACGCGAAAGAUAAAAUUCCGUCUAAUGAGAAGUCUGGAAUCUACAAAAUUGAAUGCCAGGAUUGUGCAGCUGUGUACAUUGGCCAAACACGGCGCAAGUUCAAAGUUCGUUUAAAAGAGCAUAAGAAAGCUGUUGCCAACAAACGAGCCAACGAGUCAAGUGUGGCAAGUCAUGCUAUCUCCCUCCAACACAAUGUCGAUUGGGACAACGCGAAAAUUUUGAAAAAUAUUAGGAAAUCGUCGCAACUUAAUGCAUGGGAGUCGAUGCAUAUCAUGACAUCGGAACAGCCGCUUAUGAACGAGGAUGAUGCUCCCAUACUAUCGCCUCUCUUCCACCUCACCAAGCUGAAAUUGUAA